AAUGAUCAAGUGUAUUCUAAGCUGUGCAAGAAGCUAGCGUUUCUUCUUACCAGGGCGUAUAGGUGUGUGCUGUGGGACUCACAAUACAGCCCACUGGUUGCAAUCAUUUCGAUCGUAGCUACUAGAUAGCUUGUGCAGUCAAGAAUGAAGUGCCUUGCACUUUUAUUGUGUCUACCCAUGCUGGCUCUAGCAAACUUCGAAGCAUGCUCAAAUGGAAUCGCUCAGGUAGAGGAUAGACCCAUUUUCCCACCAAUGAAUGAAACAGGCUAUCGAAGGUACAGUUAUACGACUGAUGUAAAUGGGAUCUGUAACAGUGUUGAUCUGACGUGUGUGGCUGAGUUUCCCCGUGGUAACGAAGAUCUUAGAGGUAGAAGUUGGUACAUAACGGAGAACAAGAUAGCUGAUGGUAUUACAUACGGAGCCUCCUCCAUGCAGCUGUACAAUGUGCAAUGUCCGACGGGCACCUAUUUGCACCUCUUACCUCAAAUGUUGCAAACAGAAUCUCCAGCACCCGGAGCCGAUUGUCUAAGUGCAGACUUUGUUCGAGUCAUAAACCCUGAAUUGCUUGGUGGAGAGGAAGUAAUGUGUGGUGAUGAUGAAGACAUCAGGCAAACAGACCUGUAUAAUGGCGGUUUGGGAACGGUCUUCACCAAUGGCAACGCAGCCAUUGAGUUCUGUUCCAACCCUAAUCUGGACGUAGGAAUUCCUCCAGACACAGAUGCUGGAGAUCUGAAUAAUGGUCAGGUUUUCACUGGAUUUGUGAUUCGAGCUACUUGUGUUGAACCAACCGACCAGCUACAGGGAAAUUGCGUUACUUUCGAUUUUGUUAGGCUAUGGGACCCAGAGUGGUUGAAUCAACAGAACGAUCCCUAUGAGAAGCCAUUAACAUUGGACGUACCUCACAAAAGAAGUGCUGAGACCCCUAAAUUUAGUCGCGCAAAAUUCCUAAAGACAAUUCUAAAACACGAAGGGGCGAAUCGAAUGGUCAAGAGGUUCGUAUCUCAACAGAAAAUUGAAUUCUCCGCAGGGCAAACUGUGACAUACAUUAACGGGAGAUUUGCGUUUAAUUUCAACAAUGGUUCUACCAUAUUUGUUCCCGAUGGACAGUUCUCCUGUGUGGAUACUGUUAGUGACUUCCUCGGAUCGCGUAAAUUCUUUGGGUCAACUCCAAAUAACUUUGUCUUCACUGGGCCAGGCGUACUGGAGCUUGAUCAAAAUAGGGCUGUUCUCCAAUACACGAUCAACACAACUGACGCAGGAGCUGUGUCAUCUGUGUUGCUUCCAUCACCUGACGUUAUGCAGAGAAUAAACCUAAUAAAUGAAUACAUAUUCUGCUGGGUUGGUGCCUAUCCUGUGGUGGACAAUUUUCCCAGGAGUAGCACGCGGCCAGUUUACCCCCUCCCAAGGGCUGAAUUUGUGGAUGUGUUCCUCGAUCAAAGUAGGAGAAUGUUUGGUGAAAUAUUAGGGGAGGAAGGUGCGGCUGUAAUGUUCGGACGAAUCAAAGCAUCAAGGCAUUUGGGUUUUCUACAAGAAGACUUCUGGCCAAUUGCUGAUCGUUCUUUUGAUGACACAUGUUACAGAGGAGCUUUAAUUAGGGCUGCUCCAAACGCGGAGGGCACUGUACCUCGACGCAUCUCGGACUUUUGCCGAUUAUUCAUCUUUUCAUGUGAUACCAUGUUACGAAUCACCUGCAGGGAGCUUCUCCGCUUAGACCCAGUUGGAGCGCAGGGAUAAAGGAAGACUCUACAAACGAUUCAUUUGUGUUUAACUUCUUACAAUUAUAGUGUUAACAUUCUUUGUAGUCUGCAGCGGUAUAUUAAUUUGUUGUGUAUUAUAUCUAUAAAUGAUUUUCUUGCAUUUUGGUGUGUCUUUGGUGCAUGUAAUAACACAUAUGAUAUAGUUAUAUCCACAGCAAGUCUGUUUCCUUGAAAUGCGAGUUUAUGUUGUCAA